UCUUCUCUCUCUCUCUCUCUCUCUCUAGCUGAGAAUGAAUUAGCUAAUCGUGUCCAAGAACUGGCUGACAUGAACAAGGUGUAUCGGUCUUAUCUUGGUCAGGGGUACUACGGAUGUAUAGUACCUCCUGUUAUCAAAAGAAACGUAAUAGAGAACCCAGGCUGGAUAACACAGUAUACUCCCUAUCAAGCCGAGCUGGCUCAGGGUAGACUGGAAUCUCUCAUGAACUACCAGACAAUGAUAGUCGACCUAACUGGACUGGAUAUUGCUAAUGCUUCUCUUCUUGACGAAGGAACUGCAGCAGCUGAAGCUGUGACACUCUCUUAUAGAAUGUUUAGAGGAAAAAGAAACAAGUACUUCAUUGAUGAGGGGAUCCACUCAAACUCGCUUGCGGUCAUCAAAACGAGAGCAAAGUUCUUAAAUAUCGACAUAGUGACUGGUUCGUAUCAGGACUUUGUUUUAACUGAUGAUGUGUGUGGAGUGAUGCUCCAGUAUCCUAAUAAUGAUGGUAUCAUUAAUAAUUAUCAUGACAUCAUACAGCAAGCUAAAGGAUUAAAGAUCCCGGUUGCAAUGGCUACUGAUCUCCUAGCCCUCACUAUCCUCAAGUCUCCUGGUGAAUUAGGUGCCAGUAUUGCCUUUGGUAACAGUCAGAGGUUCGGGGUACCAAUGGGUUGUGGUGGUCCUCAUGCUGCAUUCUUUGCUGUUAAAGACGAACUAAAGAAACAAAUGCCUGGAAGACUAGUGGGGAAGAGCUGGGAUCAGUAUGGUGUCCCUACCUACAGACUAGCACUACAGACAAGAGAACAGUUCAUAAGGAGAGAGAAGGCCACCAGUAACAUAUGCACUGCCCAAGCUUUGCUGGCUAAUGUAUCAGCUAUGUAUGCAGUGUAUCAUGGACCCAAAGGACUGAAGGAUAUUGCAAUGGAAGUACAUAAAGCAACUGUACUAUUAGCUGAAGGCCUGAGACUGUUAGGUUGGACUAUAAAUAAUGAAACUGUCUUUGAUACAAUAAUGAUAUCAAAUGGAGACAUUAGCACUGAUGAGAUACAGAGGAGGUGUGACGAAAAGAAGAUAAACAUACGUCACUAUGGAGACGGAACUUACGGUGUUUCACUGGAUGAGACUGUCAUUGGUAGUGAUUUAAUUGACUUACUGUAUGUGUUUGGAGCUAAUGAAGAAGAGGCUGCCAGUGUCCUGUACAGUGUAUCUGAUGCUGAUUCUAAUGUCAGUAUUACUGGUAGUGGCCACGAGAGGGAAACACCUUAUCUCACUCAUCCUGUCUUUAACAGUUAUCAUUCAGAGACUAAGUUGUUACGUUACAUGAAGGAGCUUGAGAACAGAGACCUCUCACUCUGUCACUCAAUGAUACCACUGGGUUCCUGUACUAUGAAACUCAACCCGACCAGUGCCCUACUCCCAGUCUCCCUACCUCAAUUCAACACCAUCCAUCCUUAUGUACCCAGUAACCAGACCACUGGAUACCAGAGUCUCAUUGAUGAGUUGGAGUCUCAUUUGUGUAGUAUCACUGGGUAUGAUAAGUUCUCCUUCCAGCCCAACAGUGGGGCCCAGGGGGAAUACGCUGGACUCUGUGCUAUACUGGCCUAUCUGAGGGAUAAAGGGGAGGGGCAGAGAGAUAUAUGUCUGAUACCAGCCUCAGCUCAUGGUACUAACCCAGCCAGUGCAAUAAUGGCUGGUCUUAAAGUGGUUGAGAUACCAAUGAACAAAGAAGGAGAAGUCACUAAAGACUCUUUUAAACAAAAAAUAGAAGAAGCUGGUGAUAAGUUAGCCACCAUUAUGGUGACCUAUCCCUCCACUAGUGGUGUGUUUGAAGACUCCAUUAGAGAGGUCUGUGACAUGGUACACUAUUAUGGAGGACAGAAAUGUAGUGUGAUUUACAUACCACGCCACUUGUUACAUCUUUGUGGUGUGUUUGAAGACUCCAUUAGAGAGGUCUGUGACAUGGUACACUAUUAUGGAGGACAGGUAUAUGUAGAUGGUGCUAAUCUCAAUGCUCAGGUUGGGCUCUGUCGUCCUGGGGAUUAUGGAGGAGAUGUGUCUCAUCUCAACCUUCACAAGACCUUCUGUAUACCUCAUGGUGGGGGCGGACCGGGAAUGGGACCUAUUGGAGUUAAGGCUCAUUUAGCUCCAUACCUACCUGGUCAUCCAGUAACUGGUCCUAAUCCAUUAAAGUCCUUUGGAACAGUAUCAUCAGCAGCAUGGGGCUCUGCCUCCAUCAUACCAGUCUCAUGGGCUUACAUACUAAUGAUGGGAAGCAAAGGAUUGAAGAAAGCUUCUGAAAUAGCAAUAGUCAAUGCUAAUUACAUGGCAGCAAGACUAAAGGGACACUAUAAUAUCCUGUUCCGUGGAACUAAUGGAUUCAAUGCUCACGAGUUCAUACUGGAUACCAGGUGCUUUAAGAACACUAGUGGCAUUGAAGCUAUUGACAUUGCUAAGAGAAUGCAGGACUAUGGGUUCCAUGCCCCUACUGUCUCCUGGCCAGUCAGUAAUACUCUGAUGAUUGAACCAACAGAGAGUGAAGGAAAGGCAGAACUGGAUCGAUACUGUGACGCACUAAUAUCUAUUAGACAGGAAAUCUCUGAAGUAGAAGAAGGCAAAUACGACAUUAAGAACAAUGUACUAAAGAAUGCUCCUCAUCCCAUGUACUUGGUGACAGCCUCAAACUGGCCAUUCCCCUACUCAAGAGAGAAGGCUGCCUUUCCAGCUGAGUGGCUAAACCCAUACAAUAAAGUCUGGACUGGCAGUGCAAGAGCUAAUGAUGUCCACGGUGACAGGAACUUAGUUGCUACGCACAACCAAGAGCUAAAACCUCUUCGGUAAAUCGAAAAACUUUAGAAAAUUAAAAUAAUAAAAAAAUUUUAUGAUUUUGCCUCAUUUAAAUGUCUUAACUCCUUUCUGCUGUCUUAAGAAUUCAACAAUUAAAAUUAUUAUUAAUAAUAUUUUCUCUUGUUCAAUUUGCUUUAAUUGUCUCUAAUGUCUAUAUUUGUAGUUGUUUAUAUUAUUUAUCAUCAUUGUUUAUUGUUGUUUAUUGUUGUUUGUUGUUUAUUGUUGUCACUGAUAUUUCUGAUACGUUUUAUGUA